GGUGUUGUCGAGUCAUCCCGCGCCGCUCUAGGGGGAGUCAUUAGGGAUCGCCUGGUGCCGCUGCCGCUCGACCUUUCACUGUGGGCGCCAGUGGAGGCCCGGCGGCCUUCGGUUGACCCCCGCGGGUCACCGAACGUCGACCGGCGAGGGUCGCUCCUAUAUAACGGAGCGCGGAGCCGACACAGGGCACACUGCACCGGCGGCAGCGCAGCAACCGACAACAUGCUUCUCUUCAGGACCUUGGCUUUGACCCUCCUGGUGGCGGCGUGCCGUAGUGACGGCCGCUACGGAGCGCCGCAGGGGCUCGGCGGUGAGGUGAGCGGCUUCGGCUUCAGUCACAGCAGCGGAGGCGGCGGCGGCGGAUACAGCAGCGGAGGAAACGGAGGAUACAGCAGCGGUGGAAGCCGAGGAUACAGCGGUGGAAAUGGCGGCGGAUACGGUGGCGGCAGUGCCGGCGGGUACGGCGGCGGGGCCGUGACCAGGUACAGCCUGGGAGGCGGCGGCGGUAUCGUCAGUGCCGGGUACGGCAGCGGCGGCGCGGGCGGCGCCGGGGCGGGCGGCUACGGCCCGGCGCGCGACUACAGCAUCAUCUAUGCGCCGCUGCGGCGUCCGACGUACGUCAGCGGCAGCGCGCUGUUCCGCGGGCGCGGCUACAACGGGGGCACCAUCUCCACCCGUACAUUCUCCGCGCCGCGCAUCGUCAAAGGCUCGUCCUCGGGCGGCGGCGGGUACGGCGGGGGACUGAGUGGCGGCUACAGUGCCCCGUCCAGCGGCUACGCCCCGUCCAGCGGCUACAGUGCCCCGUCCAGCGGCUACAGUGCCCCGUCUGGCGGCUACAGUGCCCCGUCCAGCGGCUAUAGUGCCCCGUCCGGCGGCUACAGUGCUCCGUCUAGCGGUUACAGUGCCCCGUCUAGCGGUUACAGUGCCCCGUCCAGUGGAUAUAGUGCCCCGUCCAGUGGAUACAGUGCCCCGUCCACGAGCUAUUAACUUAUUGAUGCUUUGCUGCGGGUUUCUCUUCUGAGUUGAUUUUCGUAGCAGUAACAUAUUCUACCGGCUACCGCAGUGAAUCAGUAAGCCGAAAUAACAAUUGUUUUGCACGGGUUGAAUGCGUACAAUAGUACCUAUUCUCUUGUUUUUACAACAAUGGACAUGUGACAGCUUCGUUUCCGGAGUUGUGAGGAAAAACAUAUUGCAACAAAAGCGGAGAAUGAAUAUCUCAAUGCUCAUGCUGCUGUGAAAAUGUACAUAAACAUGUGGGCACAAUAAAGACUUAAAGAGGUA